AUGGAAUCCAAUUCAAUCGUCUUGUCGGCUGUAAAAGCUGUUACGAGCAAAGCAAACAAUCUAUCUCGCACACAAAAGGUCAUCUCCAUCAGCGCUGCUUUAGUCGCCACGCUCACCUAUGUGUUGUUCAAAAAGACAACCACACCACCAAAGAGACUCAAGCACAUCCCCCAUGUGGACUAUGUAAAGAUGAUGAUGGCGUUACUUACUGGUAAACCAAUGAUGGACAUCAACAAGACAUGCAUCGACCCUGUUAUUGCCAAGAGCUCCAUUGGGCUCUAUCUGCGACCAAGUAGAAAAGUGUGGAAUAUCUACGUUACUGAGCCCGAGCUUGCAAAGAUCGUAUACAACAAGAAUGAUCUGUUCCCAAAGCUUGAUUUGACUCAGUUCAGCGCAGGAACUUACAUGGGCAAGUUUUCGGCAAGAUCAAACAACUUGUUCUUUUCAACUGGAGAUGAAUGGAAACGCCAGAGACGAAUUGCAAACCCUGCCUUCCAUAGAGCAAUGCCCAUCAGUUUGUUUGGCUUGUACGCUGAAAAGUUGUUUGCAUGCAUCUCUAAAUCACACACCACCAACGGCAGUGUAGUUGAUUUGAGCGGCUAUGUUACCGAUUUCACUUUGGAUAUCAUUGGCGAUGCAGGAUUUGGCAAGUACCACCAUGACUUUAGAUUCAACUCUUUGCAAGACUCCACCAGUGAAUACGUUACGAGGUAUGAAAAGGUAGUCGAGGCAUUGAUGGAUCCGUUGUUCUAUUUGUUCCCUGCUUUGGAUAAGGACUAUCUAUGGCUAUUUCCGAAGCGUCAAGAGAUUCAUAAGGAAUUGGGUGUAUUUCUGGACAUGGUUCAAGAGAUCAUUGUAAAAAAGAGGCAAACAUUGACUGAGCAGAACAGGCUAAAGGAAUUGGCAGUGUCAAAUGGAGAGGCUGUGGAUGAAGUUGAAAAAAGUGCAAAUGACAAGGACAUUUUGACACUUUUGAUUGAGAGUGCUGACGAAGAAGAGAAUAAGGAUAUUUCAGAGAUUAGCGACGACAUGUUGUUGAGUAACAUGUGUGUGCUAUUCACCGCUGGACAUGAUACAACUACGGCUGCAUUAUUGUUUUGUAUUUAUGAGCUAGCUGUCAAUCAGAGUAUCCAAGAAAAAGCAAGAAGCGAAAUCAUUUCCAUCCUGGGUGAUGAAAAGUCAGACGUAUUGCCAAUAGCAGAGCAACUUGUAAAGAUGGAAUACCUAAAUGCAAUCAUAAAAGAGACACUUCGCUUGCACUCUCCUGUGGCCGUGAGCAGUCCUCGCCUCGCUAUGGAAGAUUGCAUGUUGGGAAGCACUUUGAUUCCAAAAGGCUCCACUGUUGUCAUUGAUGCUAUUAGCAUCCACAGGAAUCCCAAGUACUGGAAGUAUCCCGAUGUGUUCAACCCUGAUCGGUUUGUAGCCGGUGGUGAGGCAGAGACACAUGCUGGAUCAGGUUUGACAUACGUGCCAUUUGGCGGUGGUUCUCGUCAUUGCAUUGGUAGAAAUUUUGCUAUAAAUGAGCAGAAAGUCAUGCUGUCCAUGUUUUUGAGAAAAUACACCUGGACAUUGUCAGAGGAUAGUAUGCACAAGAAUGGGCUUGUCACCAAAGGCAUUUUUCUUUUGAAUACGCCUGAAAUGAAAGUUGAUUUGACAUCGCGAUACUGA